AUGGAAAUUCCCACAUAAAAAAUUCCAACUUUCCUUUUCCAUGUAAGUAACACAAUGAAAUCGUUUCGUGUCUACUAUUUAAAUGAAAAUCUUCAACUCCUUCUCUUAAUAUUAUCCAGGUGCCCAACCACAAUAAGGAAGUGUUUGACACAGAUCACAAUACCCACAUGCUAUAAAUAUAUAAAAGAAUUUUACAGGAAUCAUUACAAUCUUCGGUGACACAAACACAACAACCACAGACUCAAAUUCAUCUUGCCAUCAACUAAAGAAAAUUAAGCAUGUCUAUAAAUACAGCAAUACUUCUCUUUACUAUCGUCUGCCAUGUCUAUUCAACAAACACAGGUGAUCAGAAUUCCUGCAACACCUGCUGUAAUCCACCAGCUGGCAUUCCUGGAAUCCAAGGAACCAACGGUAUUCCAGGACCAAAGGGUGAUAAUGGUGCAAAGGAAGAGAUCGGACUUACAGGUGAAAAAGGAGAUAUAGGACAGAAGGGAGAUGUUGGACAGAAAGAUAAUAAGAGUACAGUAGGCCAAUCAGGAUGUGUAGGUUCUCCAGGUAGGAAAGGGGAGCCAGGGCCAGUAAACAGUAUGGUAUUCAAGUCAGCCUUUUCUGUCAAGUCAGUAGGACGUCGUAUCAGUCGGAUUGAUCACAGGCAACCAAUACAAUAUAACGCUGUGAUUACCAACAUUGGCGGAGAUUACAACCUGACAACAGCAAAGUUUGUGUGCAGAGUGCCUGGUGCUUACGUAUUUGCAUUCACAGGACAUAAUCCUUAUGAUAAAGAUCUUUCAAUCACCAUCAUGAAAAACAAUCAGCGUAUCGUGUCUUCAUAUUCUGGCGCAAUAGGCGUCAAAUCCACCAGUACUACGGUAGUUCUAGUGUUGGUUGAGGAUGAUGAGGUAUGGACUCAGCUUUAUAAAAGAAGUAAUAACAUUAACUCGUACAGAUUUGCUGAGGCAUCAUUUUCGGGAUUUCUAAUCUAUCCAGCUACAUAGAUGCAAUCAGAUUUAAAAAACAGAAAAUGAAUUGUUGACUAAUGGUAUAAAAGGGCAUGAAAUAAAAAAUAAAUUUUGGAUAUACUCCUCAAUGUUUUUUUUUUAUAUAUUAUAUUCACACUUACACAGUGAAGUUGGUUAUAUGUACAACUGAAAUAUAUUACACUAAAUAAAGAUGAUAAAAAAGUGAGCCACCAAUGUGUGUUACAUCAGCUCUACAACCACAGACCCUCAAUCUCUUUUUUUUUUUUCAAACAUGCUAACUAUUCUUGUAUAGUAAUAGGUGUUGGAAUCUGGGAAAAAUCCCAAGAAACUGGAUAAUGUAAUGCAUGACAAUAAAGUAUAAUUUGUACUAAUAAAUAAGUCUACAAAAUAUAUACAUUGUUCAAUUUAUUUUUGUUGAUAUGGUAUUUGUAAAAUAAAUGCUCUUCAUGCAUGAGUAAACUACUAUGAACUGUGCAAG